AUGAACAGUGAGUCUAGCGCGACAGAGAAGGUUUUACUUGAUUUGUUGGACAUGCUUGAGAGUGCGAAAUAUACAGAGCUGAUAGAGUUAGCAUGGAAAAGCCUCUACGAGAUAGUCAUACCUUUCAACACAAAGGGUAUCCAUCUUUUUCUGUCAAACUACAUUAUUAUUCUCUCACAGACCCUCUCUAUUGAAAGCACUGCAGAAGAGGCCUCCCGCAUUCUGUCUAUUCUAGACCUAAUAAUUCACCCAAGAAAAGGCACUAUUAUAGAAGGAGAAAGUCAUUUUGAUGAUCUGGUUGAGGAAGUGCCUAGUGCCCCAUGCGAUACUCCAGAGACCAAGGAGGCAUCUUUGGAUAAAAACAGUAACAAGAAAGUGAAGAUUGACAUUAUAGAAUAA